AGACGGGUCGACGUUGGCAAGCUCUGGGUGCGGCCACUGCCAUUGCUAGCUGUGCUAUGUCGCCCUUUCCCUAGCUCUAAUUCCAAGGCACCACCGCCAGCAGCAACAGCCCGCCUGCCCAGCAUGGCGACAGACCUCGCCGAGGCCAUGGACCGGCUCCAGCUGGACGGCGACCUGGCGGACCCCAUCGACGAGAUCCUCUUCCAGCAGCAGUCGCCCAGGAAGCGCCGCAAAGAGUCGCCCGACGAGAUCAAGGCGAGGCUUGAGGACAAGUACCUGACUCCGUCGCCAACCUUCUCGACCGCGUGGCUCGACAAGCUGCAGCAACGCUGGGACGUCCCCGUCGACUAUGGCUCGCUCUUCACCCUCCCGCCGACCCAGUCCAGGACCGUGGUCCGCUUCCAGCGCCAGGGCCUCGAGGGCCGCAUCGUGGGCUACGACACGGUGACUGUGCCCGCCGCCAGCGCCACGGCCAAGAACUCGACAUCGCUGCUCCGCAAGCCCGCCGGCAAUGCCGACUUUGUGCGCGGCGCCGCCGGCUUCUUCCCCUUCGCCCCGGGCGGUCUCGAUAGCGUCGAGGCCGCCGCCGCCCUGGACGACCAGCUGCUGCGUGCCUCGGGCGGUGACGCCUCGGCCUCGUCCAAGAACAAGCUCGAGCGUGUCCUACCGGUGGGCGACAAGGCCGGCCUCCUGCAGGUGGCACCGGGCUUGAGCAGGGGAAUCGAUUUGAGCCUGAGAAAAAAGUCGCAGACGGAAGAGGCCAACGCCACAGCUGUGCUGGAUGAGCUGGACCAAGAGCCCGAGCCGAACCCGGACGGCGACGAGGACGAUGCCGAAGCAGCCAGGAUGGCCGCAGACGCCGAGGCGGAUGGUGAUGCGGACGCGGAUGCAGAUCAGGACGAGGAGCUCGACGCGCUCCUCCCCGUCGAGUUCCCAGCGCUCGAGCCGCACGGGCAGCUGGCGGCGUCGAGCGCGCGCAAGGCGGGACGCGAGUGGGCACACAUGGUGGACGUUAAGCGCGAGUUCACCGACUUCCGCGAGCUGGUGCCCGACAUGGCGCGCGAGUGGCCGUUUGAGCUGGACACGUUCCAGAAGGAGGCCGUGUACCACCUCGAGAACGGCGACAGUGUCUUCGUGGCGGCGCACACGUCGGCGGGCAAGACGGUGGUGGCCGAAUACGCCAUCGCGCUGGCGGCCCGGCACAUGACCAAGGCCAUCUACACGAGCCCCAUCAAGGCGCUGAGCAACCAAAAGUUCCGCGACUUCCGCCAGACGUUCGACGAGGUCGGCAUCCUGACUGGCGACGUGCAGAUCAACCCCGAGGCCAGCUGUCUGAUCAUGACGACCGAGAUCCUGCGGAGCAUGCUGUACCGGGGCGCCGACAUGAUCCGCGACGUCGAGUUUGUCAUCUUUGACGAGGUGCACUACGUCAACGACUUUGAGCGUGGCGUGGUGUGGGAGGAGGUCAUCAUCAUGCUGCCUGACCACGUGUCGCUGAUCCUGCUGUCGGCCACGGUGCCCAACACGUACGAGUUCGCCUCGUGGGUCGGCCGCACCAAGAAGCGCGACAUUUACGUCAUCUCGACCCCGAAGCGCCCCGUCCCGCUCGAGCACUACCUGUGGGGUGGCAAGGGCAUACAUAAGAUCGUCGACGCCGACAAGAAGUUUAUCGAGAACGGCUGGAAGGACGCCAACUUGGCCAUCAGAGGUAGGGACAAGCCACAGGCUAGCGUUGCGAGCUCCGGAUCCGGCGGUGCUGGAAACCAACGCGGCGGCCGUGGCGGCCCGCAACGGGGAGGCGCCGGCGGCAGAGGCGGACAGCAGAGAAGUGGACAGCAGCAGAGAGGUGGACGGGGCGGAGGUGGCGGCGGGCGUGGUGGCCAGGGACCUCCGCGUGCAAGCCACGCGCCCGGCCACAUGGGCAGGGCUGGCCGGCAGGGAGGGUUCACGUCGAUGGCGCAGGACCGCAACCUGUGGGUGCACCUGGUGCAGUUCCUCAAGAAGUCGACGUUGCUGCCGGCCUGCAUCUUUGUCUUUUCCAAGAAGCGGUGCGAGGAGAACGCGGACGCGCUGAGCAACCAGGACUUUUGCACGGCCAACGAGAAGAGCGCGAUCCACAUGACCAUCGAGCGGUCCAUCGCGCGGCUGAAGCCCGAGGACCGGGUGCUACCGCAGAUUGUGCGGCUGCGGUCCUUGCUGGGGCGCGGCAUCGCGGUGCACCACGGCGGGCUGCUGCCCAUCGUCAAGGAGAUGGUCGAGAUGCUGUUUGCGCAGACACUGGUCAAGGUGCUGUUCGCGACGGAGACGUUUGCCAUGGGCCUGAACCUGCCGACGCGCACAGUUGUGUUCUCGGGCUACCGCAAGCACGAUGGCCACUCGUUCCGCAACCUGCUGCCGGGCGAGUACACGCAGAUGGCCGGACGGGCUGGGCGGCGUGGCCUCGACACGGUGGGCUCGGUCAUUAUCGUGCCGCCGGGCGGGGGCGACGAGGCGCCGCCCGUGGCGGACCUGACCAAGAUGAUACUCGGCGAGCCGUCCAAGCUGCGGUCACAGUUCCGGCUGACGUACAACAUGAUCCUGAACCUGCUCCGGGUCGAGGCGCUCAAGAUCGAGGAGAUGAUUAAGCGUAGCUUCUCGGAGCACGCAACGCAGCAGCUGCUGCCCGAGCACGAAAAGGCCGUCAAGUUGUCCGAGGCGGACCUGGCAAAGGUCAAGCGGGACGAGUGCGCCGUGUGCGACGAGGACGGCUGCAUGGAUGAGUGCCACCAGUCGGCGCAGGACUACCGGCAGUUGACGCAGGAGCUGUACCUUAAACUACUGUCCCUCCCCGUCGGACGCAAAAUGUUUGCGGCGGGCCGGCUCGUGGUUUACACAAAAGACGGCGUGCGCACGGCGGGUAUCUUGUUGAACGAGGGCGCCAGCGCCAAGGGCAGCAGCAGCAGCAGCAGCGGACCGGCGCUCCACGUGUGCGGGAUCCGCAGCGCUAGGGAGACGCGCGACAGCAGCGACAUCCUGCCCUUUAUGCCGGGGUGGGGGCGCUUUUACACGACGCUGCACGCGGGCAACGGCAAGAAGCAGGUGCAGACCAAGACUCUUCACGUGCCGCUGGGCGACGUCGAGUGCCUUACGGCACACAUCACCAAGGGCAUCGUGCCCGAGAUCUUCCAGAACGGCGAGGCACGGAUCGGGGCGCUGAACCAGCUGAAGCGCAUCGCGGGCACGUGGGAGGCGGAGUGGUGGCAGGAGGUGGACAUGUCCAAGAUGCGCAACCUGCAGUUCCAAGAGCUCGUGACGCGGCGGCGGCAGGCCGAGGCGACGGCGACCAAGUCGGCGGCGCUCUCGUGCGGGCAGUUCCUGCGACACUUUGCCAUGUGCCACGACCAGUGGCUGAUCAAGGAGAACAUCCAGCAGCUGCGGCAGGCGCUGUCGGACCAGAACCUACAGUUGCUGCCCGACUACGAGCAGCGCAUCCAGGUGCUGCGCGACCUCAACUUUAUCGACGAGUCGUCGCGCAUCCAGCUGAAGGGCAAGGUGGCGUGCGAGAUCCACAGCGGCGACGAGCUGGUGCUGACGGAGCUGAUCCUGGACAACGUGCUGGCCGAGUACGAGCCGGCCGAGAUCGCGGCGCUGCUGUCGUGCUUUGUGUUCCAGGAGAAGACCGAGUCGGAGGCGCAGCUGCCGGCGCGGCUGCAAAAGGGGCUCGAGACCAUCGUGGCGCUGAGCGACAAGGUCAACAACAUACAGACGCUGCGCCAGGUGAUCCAGGUGGGCGACGAGUCGGCCGACUUUGCGAGCCGGCCACGGUUCGGGCUGGUCGAGGUGGUGUACGAGUGGGCGCGGGGCAUGAGCUUCAAGAACAUUACGGACCUGACGACGGUGCUCGAGGGGACGAUUGUGAGGACCAUCACGCGGCUGGGCGAGACGUGCCGCGAGGUGAAGAACGCGGCGCGCAUCAUUGGCGACCCGGAGCUGUACCAGAAGAUGCAGGCGGCGCAGGAGCUGAUCAAGCGGGACAUUACGGCUGUUGCGAGUUUGUACAUGUGAAGUUGAUGUAUUCAUGCUCUAGGCAAAGUGGAAGCAAGCCAGUGUUUAAACAAAAGGACAGAAGAAAAAAAGAUAGGUGGAUGGAUAUUCGUCAAGCCGUGAUCUGUGCCGGUCAAUAUGAUACUCCU